GAUUAGUAAAAAACUUUAUGAUAUUUCACAUAAUGCUGAAUUCGAUUUUAUAUUGGCUGAAGUUCAAGAAUGGCUUGAAAGACAAGCUUUACAUCAAAUUCAUAUGCCUCAUCCAAAGUUUAUUUCUUGUGUAAGUUUCAACAAUAUUACUGUUCUGUUUGAAGUUUUACAAGCUGAUAUUCUUUAUAUGUCAUAUGAUAAAGUAGAGGAUAUAACUUAUAUGUUUUGUCUUACGUGCGUUAACAUUGCUUCUCAUUAUAAAUGGGCAGAACCAAUUGGAACUUAUCUUGAUAUCUUAAAUAUAGAAGACUUUUCUUUAGAAGGUAUCUUAACUUCAGCUGUAAUUGCGGAAGCUUUUGAAAGAAUACUUUUUAAUAAUUCAGAAUGUUUUAUUACAUGGAAUAUGAUAAAAUUAGUAAUGACUGAUAAGAGCUCUGAAUUUAAGGAUGAUUUUGAAAAACUCUUAAAAAAGCAUAAUGUAAAAAAUCAGAAAGCUAAUUAUGGGUAUUGUUAA